CUCGCUCUCUCUAAAGAAAACCUGAAAACACCAAACAAAAAGAGAGCGAAAUUUUGUUUCAAUUUUCAGAUCUACAGAAAAUUUCUGAUCAGAGAUAUCAGAAAUGAGGAUUUUAUCGUUCUACGAACGAGCUUCUCGUGCUUUUAAAGAUUAUCCUUCUCUAUCUAAAAUCCUUGUUGUUGCCACCGUCGGAGGUGGGGGUCUUGUGGCAUAUUCUGAUGCGAAACCACACAAUGCUGUCAAUGUGGUCGAAUCUUCUCCAACGGCCGCCAAUAAAAAGAGGGUUGUGGUGCUUGGCACUGGGUGGGCUGGCACAAGUUUCUUGAAGAAUUUGGAUAGUGCAACAUAUGAUGUUCAUGUGAUUUCACCUCGUAACUAUUUUGCAUUUACUCCAUUAUUACCAAGUGUCACAUGUGGGACAGUCGAAGCACGUAGUGUUGUUGAACCAAUACGCAACAUCAUUAGGAAGAAAGAUGGAGACUAUAGCUUUUGGGAAGCUGAAUGUUUCAAGAUUGAUGGAAAGAAUAAGAAAGUUCAUUGCAGGCCUGUUCAGCGUGAGUCUCCUGAAGGGAAAGAGGAAUUUAUCGUUGAUUAUGACUACUUGGUGGUCGCCAUGGGAGCCCGAUCAAAUACGUUCAACACACCUGGUGUUGAGGAGAAUUGUCAUUUCUUAAAGGAAGUCGAGGAUGCUCAAAAAAUCCGCAGGAAUGUGAUUGACUGUUUUGAGAAGUCCUGCCUCCCAAAUCUAAGUGAGGAUGAAAGAAAGAAGCAUCUUCAUUUUGUAGUUGUUGGUGGUGGUCCAACAGGAGUGGAGUUUUCAGCAGCACUGCACGAUUUUAUCAGCGAAGAUUUGGUCAAGCUAUAUCCUACCGCCAAAGACCUAGUUAAAAUAACUCUCCUUGAGGCAGGAGAUCAUAUUCUGACCAUGUUUGACAAAAGAAUAACUGCUUUUGCUGAAGAGAAGUUUCAGAGAGAUGGUAUUAACUUGAAAACAGGGUCAAUGGUCGUCAAGGUAACUGACAAGGACAUCUGUACAAAGGACAGAGGAACCGGAGAAAUCUCUUCUAUACCAUAUGGAAUGGUUGUCUGGUCAACUGGUAUCGGGACCCGUCCUGUUGUUACGGACUUUAUGAAGCAAAUUGGUCAGUCUAAUAGGCGUGUUUUGGCCACUGAUGAAUGGCUUCGAGUUGAAGGAUGUGAUAGCAUAUAUGCACUUGGUGAUUGUGCCACCAUUAAUCAACGCAAAGUCAUGGAGGACAUUUCUGCAAUUUUCAACAAGGCAGAUAAAGACCAAUCAGGUACUCUUACAACAAAAGAAUUCCAAGAUGCUCUGGAUGAUAUCUGUGAGAGGUACCCACAAGUGGAGCUUUACUUGAAGGAUAAGCAAGUGAAAAACAUAGUGGAUCUUUUGAAGGAUUCCAAGGGAAAUGAUAAAAAAGAAACACUUGAAAUGGUUAUAGAAGGGUUCAAGUCAGCUCUUUCCCAAGUGGAUUCAAAAGUGAAGUUCCUUCCUGCAACAGCUCAGGUAGCUGCUCAACAAGGAAAAUAUCUUGCAAGGUGUUUCAAUGAGAUGGAAGAGCGUACGAAGAAUCCAGAAGGUCCUCCGAGGUUCAGGGGAGUUGGGCGUCAUCGAUUCCAUCCCUUUAGGUAUAGGCAUCUUGGGCAGUUUGCUCCAUUGGGAGGAGAGCAAACAGCAGCACAACUUCCUGGUGAUUGGGUUUCCAUUGGUCACAGUUCACAGUGGAUCUGGUACUCUGUUUAUGCCAGCAAACAAGUCAGUUGGCGUACAAGGAUGUUGGUGGUGUCUGAUUGGGGCAGGCGAUUCAUUUUUGGAAGAGACUCCAGCGGUAUCUAAGGAAAUUACGCAUAUUUCAUCAUGGAACAAUUUUGGGGUGUAUGUAGUCGGGAAAAAACAUCUGUCCUGCUUUCCUAUUUCAGUUUGUACUUUUCAUAAAUUUUGCUCAUCUUUUUUGGCUUACCAUAGAGAUGGCUGUCAAGUAAUUUGCAUUUUGCUUACAGAAGUAGCUCAUUUUAUCCUUCCAUCAUUCUGAUGAGCACCUGUAUUGUUUUUUACUAUGCAGUAUCCAAAGUAAAUACCUUCGCUGUUACUGAGUUCUGUAUAGGAAGGAUCACCGUCCAAUCGCAGUGGUUAUUCUUUAUUGAUAAUGAAAUCGCUCAUUUCGGGCUAUAAUAAUAUAUUCGCCAGUCAUUUUCUGAA